AUGUUUGUGCCAAUUAGACAUGGAAUAUUAAAGUUCCAUGUAAUUAUUCCAACCAUAAAGUCUAGUCCUAAAUUCUCAAUGGCGUCGAAGCCGAAACCGAGGUCGAAGCCCACGCAAAAACCCGAAACUGCCACUGAAGACGUGGACGUCGAUGAAAAUCCUGUCACAGAUGGAACAGAAGCAGACCAAGAUGGAAUUUACUCCACCAACUACGCCUCUGAGGAGAUGCGCAAAUUUGAUAAGCAGCACGGAGACGGCGAGUCUAGCGACUAA